AUUGACUACGGUUACGAAACGUUUUCAAGAUUCAGAACAUGCCACCCAAAAAGAAGCCUGGAAAGAAGAAGGGGAAAAAGUCUUCAACCUCCUCUAAGUCCAAAACACCAACUGUCGUAGAUGGUGUUUCAACAACAGAGAUGACAAAGGAAGAAUUAGAAGAACAUAUCAUCCGACUUCGAGAAGAGCUAGAAAGAGAAAGAGAAGAGAGAAAUUACUUUCAGCUAGAAAGAGACAAAGUGAAUACGUUCUGGGAAAUAUCCAAACAACAACUCGAAGAUCGGUCAGCCGAGCUAAGAAAUAAAGAACGUGAAAUGGAAGAAUCUGAAGAAAGGCAUCAGUUAGAACUGAAAGUUUACAAACAAAAGGUCAAACAUUUACUAUAUGAGCAUCAAAAUAAUAUUUCUGAAUUGAAAGCGGAGACUGCAACUGCUAUUCGAAUCAACCAAGAAGAACAUUUGAAAGUUCAGGGACUUUUACGACAAGACGAACAAAACUUAAAAAUCAAGCUGAGAGAAACUCAGCUUUCUAAUGAAGAUAAUGUCAGAACCCUCGAGAAAGAACACGAACAUGAAAUGCACGAAAUAAGAAAAGAUUUUGAAAGAAAGAUGGAGGAACAAAAAAAGAUAUACAUGAAAAAUACGAAAGAACUGAGGGAAAAGCUUGACCUUCAAAGGAAAAAUGAACUACAUGAGACAGAGGAGAGAAAAAAUAAUCAUAUAAAUGCUCUUAUGCGUAGUCAUGAGAAAUCGUAUGCAGAGAUGAAGAACUAUUACAAUGAUAUAACUUUAAAUAACCUAGCUUUAAUAAACACACUUAAGGAACAACUAGAGGAACGAAAAAAGAAUGAGGAACGCUUAGAACGUCGAGCAAAUGAGAUAGCAGCUGAAAACCGCCGACUAGUAGAGCCUUUAAAUAAAGCUAGAGAGGAAAACACCGAGAUGAAAAGGCAAAUGGCUAACUAUGAGAAAGACAAGAUUGUUUUAAAACAAACUAAAGCUUUAUUAAAAACGUGUGAAAAAGAAAAGAAACGUACUGAAUGGAAAUAUGAUAUUUUGGAACAACAAUUCAAACACAUUGAAAGUGAACGUAAUGAUUUAUAUGAGAAAUUUGUACUAGCUAUUCAAGAAGUUCAACAGAAAUGUGGAUUAAAGAAUAUAUUGUUAGAGAAACGUUUAACUGCACUGACGGAAACAAUUGAAAAGAAAGAAGCACAGUUAAGUGAAGUUUUAUCAGCAAGUAAUUUAGAUCCUAUCUCUAUGGCAACAGUAUCAAGGAAAUUAGGCGAUAUUUUAGAUUCUAAAAAUGGCACCAUCAAAGAACUUCAGUAUGAAUUGGCAAGAGUUUGUAAGGCACAUAAUGAUCUUUUAUUGGCAUGUGAAUCAAAACUUCAACAAUUUGGUAUACCUGUUCAAGAACUUGGUUUUCGUCCAUUAAAAACUACAUUAAAUACACAAAAAUUAGGUCAUGGACCAGCUGGUCUAGUAUCUGUACCACCAUAAUAAUAUUAAAGAAGAAAAAUUUUAAAAAGAAGAAAAUAUAAACAAACAAAUAAAUAAAUAACAAAUAAAUUAACGAACAGAUUCUAGUCAAAUAAUAAAGUAACUAUUGAUUUUAAAAAUUAAAAAAAAAAAUUAUUGACAUUUGAACAAGUGAACUCAUUGAAUUGUUUCGAGAGAACCAUUUCAAUAUUGUGUAAUAACAUUUCAGAUGAUAUAAUAAAUAUAAUUUGUUGAUAAAUUGAUGUUUUAUUAUUUAUUUAUUUAUUUAUUU